AUGUUCGACAAGCAUCUUCAUUCUCUCACAACGACUCUUAUUUCCUCCCUCAACGCUUCUAUGAUCCUUGAUAAUGCAGAUCACAUCAACGAGUUCCGACGUCUUCGAGCCGAGUUCUGGAGCAUCCCUGGUGUAUACGAAGAAUUGCGGGCCUACGAGACGCGCGACGACAACUAUAAGUACCAGAUUCUGAAGGGGUUAAUACCAACGCCACUGGUCGGAAGUGUGACCACUGAGGUUGGCCCAGCAUGGCAGGCGUCCGACACUUUCUUCACCGGCUUCCCCGAACACAAUGUCCCUAAACGCGUGCUAUCAUCGACAAAGCACUCACACAUCAUCUGCAACGUCGCCUGCCACGACACAAGGCUGUACGCUAGCGACAUCGAUCCCUCGGCGUCAGACAAGACUGCCGCCGCGGGGAUGUCGUAUAUGCAUCUCCUGGUGAUCCCCUCUUCUAAAGGCGAGUUAUUAGGAAAGCAUGAAGCGAAAGUAAUAUUGACUCUCUCUUUCCCGAAACCUGCAGUGUACAAUGCAGUCGCGCUCCCGAAUACCGAACUGAUCACGGAAAUGAAGGCCCAUUUCCAGGACUUUUGGCGCAGAGAUGACUCGCUUAACAAGGUCAUCAAUGCUAUCCACGACACGAUGGAAAGGCGAUACAUCGAAGUGGCUCGCGCCUAUCAAGUAGCUGACAGCUCAACAGCCCCUCGACGGAUGGCCCACCUCGACGCUGUGAUGAGCAGUUGCAGAAACUCUGCCGCCAGCUUCGCAAAUAUGCUACGGACGACCUGGAACAGCGGCCUUCAGGAUGGGAAGGAUCUCGUAUUCGGAUUCCACUCACAUCCUCAUCAUAGCGUUGGACACCUCCAUAUGCACGUGUUGCUUGACGAUGCAAAGUUCAGGACACACAGCACGCUCGCGCAUGACUGGAAGACGCUCUCGUUCGCGACCGUUGAAUAUGUAUUAGGCGGAGGAUCAACUGAGUCACCAAUUCCUGGUGGAUGGCCCAUGCAAUCGGGUCGUUAG